GGGGUUUCCUCUCCCGCCCUGCAGUUUCCUCUCCCGCCCUGGGGUUUCCUCUCCCACCCUCAGAACAAUCUUCUGAUGUGAGUACAGUACACAGGGGCCGAUCUGUCAUCGAGUCUUAACCCCCCCCCCCAUUCUCUUAUCAAAUGAGAUGUCAUUGAGAAUGCCAAUGUCCUGGUCCAAUAAAAACCAAACAAGUAAUGAAAUUAAAUAGUAGUAAGAGAGGAGAACACCUCCACUGUUACAGAAGGCUACUGUACAUUACAAGCAGGCAUGUUGCAGUAUACUAAUCAUUGACAUUGUCUGAGAUCAUUGUACUGCCCAUGAUCUUCUCUCUUACAGGUUUUAUUGCACACUUUGCUGAACGUGAGUUCCACUUUCUUCCCAAGAACAGGGUUUUUCAAUCCUGGUCCUGGCAACACAAAUUAGUUUUUGCCCUAGCAUUCACACACCUGAUUCAAAUUAAAGGCUUGAUGAGGAGAUGAUUAGAUGAUUCAUGUUUUAUGGUAUUCAGUUCGUCUGGGUCAUGUUCUGAAUGAAAUAGGAAGGUACUAUCUGAACAUUAGAACACACAUUCUCAUUUUCCGUUGCAAAACAUUUUGCUACAUUGUGUCCUACUGAAUACGACCCAGAUUUCUGUUUGUCCAGUGGCCAUCUGUGAUGAUUGUGCCACUUCUUGUGCCUUCAGAGUUUGAUGGAGAGCUGGUCGGAUGACAGCUGGAACUGUUGUCAUAACCGGAGGAAUUCUCGCCACGGUGAUACUCUUGUGUAUCAUAGCAGUGCUCUGUUACUGUAGACUCCAGUAUUACUGCUGUAAGAAGAAUGGGUCAGAAGGGGACACCAGCUCCGUCACGCAGCCCCACUUUGCCUGCAACGCAUGCAGUGCUCCCGGGGUGGACGGGACGGCCGUCACUCCCCUCUCCCUCUCCCCGGAACUCCCUGCCUCUCACGCCACGGGCCCCCCACGUAACUACUGCCCCACCUGUUCGCCCUACGAAUCACCCUUCUAUAUCCGAACCACCGACGAGAUGCACAAUGGCGGCGAGCGCAUCACCUACAUGCCCACGCACUAUGAGAACCCAGCCCUGGCUCUCGCCCUGCCCUCCCUGCAUGGCUCCCUGCUGAGCACCAGCCAGCAUCGCAGCAACCCAGCACCGGACUUCUACACCAACACUCGCGCUAUAAGUACAGACGUGUGACCCACUUCCGAUGUCCUGUUGGCUCAUUUGGUUGGAGCGUGGUGUUUUCUACUGCAGGGUUGUGAGCUCAAUCCCUGCAUAGGUCAUGCACUGUACACAGAAUAUUUGUUCAUUAUUGCUUUGGAUAAAAGAGACUGUUUUUAUGAGGGUAAUCUCUGGUAGCCACUGUGUCUCUCUGCUGACAACUAAAGAGAAGAGGAUGAAAAAGGAGCAUUGAGAGACAACAUGAAGCGUUGACCCUUUGACCUGGUCAUGCACUUCCUUGUUCUUUCUCCCUACACUGUGUCAGCUAGCUUCCAGCUGGAUUUGAGCACACUCAAACAGUAUUGUUUUUUAAACAGAGGUAGCUAUCAUGUUUGUUGCUGUUUAAUUAAAACCUAGACUCCUGUAAUACAGAGGCAGGGAGCAUCCCUUAGUGUUCAAUAGACCAAGACCUAUACGCUGUCUGGCGAGGUAGUGUGUGGGAUUCUAAUCUUCACUGUUCGAGGGCUAUCUAUAUUGUGGUUUUACCUGGACCUACUCUUGUCAUUUCCCUGUAUCUGCCAAAAGAGAUUCUGAACUACAAAUAAAAGCAAACUGCAUUUUCAAGUGAAGGUAUUCAGAAGAAAAUGAACGUAGCAAAAAUAGUGAAGAGACCCUAACUCCUUCAGAGCUUUCUCUAUGCAAGUUCUAUGCACGCAAAACCUGAAUUGGUUGGAGAGAAAAGUAUAACGAUGCAGCUGUCCAGCUUGUAUGUUUUUUUCCCCCUCCAAAUGUUUGUCAUAUGUAAGUGGAACUAUUGAAAGACUGUUGUCUAUUGUUUUAUGUUAUUGAAAGAGGUAUGUAGCCUACCAUGGCUACUUUUGAGACAAUGGAAUUUGAUCACAUAAUAUAAUAACUAGAAUAUUACAGUUUAAAGAUAGUUUUCACGUCAGGACAGGGGCAUUUUGUAAGUGGGUGAGGCAGUAUUGCAGUUAGUGAUGAUUUGUCUGUCUCUGCACCUGUGUCAUUAAGUGGACUACCAGUCUUUGUGCAGAACACUGAAGCUACAGUACAGUUCAAAUUGUAUUUCUCUUCAUUGACAAUGAUGCAAAAAGUUGAAAAUGUAUAUAUUACCAAAUGCAUUGAAAGCAUUUCUAUUUGUUUGUCUCUUUGAUUAACUGGCUGAUGACUUUUUGGAUUCGGUCAGGAUGCAUUUUGAAUUGGGGUGUGUAAGUCUGGUAUGAUGUAGAUGUAGUUUGUGCCAUUUGGUGUCCGCACUCUUCUGAUCAUCUAAUUGUUGAUUCUAUGAACUGUACACAUCCAUGUAUUUACACAUUUGAGUGUUUAUUUCAAUUUAUGAAGAACUUGAAAUACAAUAUUUAUGUAAUUGGUAACUAAAUACAUAAUUAUUAACCUUGUUAUAUGGCACUCAUUUUUAACCAAUUAUUAGACAACAUUGCUUGCCAUGUAUGAUAUUAUUUUGCCCUGAUGUCUUUUUAUGUUUUAGUGUGAAACAGCAAAAAAAUGACAGACAUGUAUGAUAGGGGCGAUACUAAUUUUACUAUAGGUUUCUAAAAGCACCCCCAUCAGCUACUUCUGUAUAGAGCUGAAAAGCCCUAUCAUACCUGUGACAACAGCAAUGCUCAUAUGGAUACAACGAUACCAACAUAAACAUACAUGUGUCUAUUAAGUCCUUACACUUUUGAUUAGAUGUUACAGGUUUUUUUCCACCAGUGCAAGUCUUGUACUUGUAUUUUUGUCCAACAUUAAAUAAAGGAAUGCAUAUAUUGGAAAAAAUUCUGUAAGAUGUAGAUUGAAGAAGGAAGCUGUUAUAAAAUGAUUGUCCAUUGAAAAAGCAGUCGUGUGUUAGGGCGUUGUUUCUAGUGUUUAUUUGCUCUUUAAAAAGGGGUGAAAAAUGUGUGUCUGUUCAAAAGCUGUGUGUGUGUGUGUGUGUGUGUGUGUGUCUGUGUGUGUGUGUGUGUCUGUUCAAUCCGAACAAAGACAAAACAUUUAAAUUGAGAAUAUCUACCGAAUGACAUGCCCCAUAAGAAUACAUUUUCAUAUUUAAUUCCUGUUGGUUUAGGUUAUUCAUAAAAUAACUAACAAUUUAAAAAAAAAUACUAUGCUAAAACAAAAGAGUGAAAUAUUAAAAGAGAACAAAAUAUAUACAUAUCUCACAUUGUUACCUUGUGACAAUUAAAGAUUUAUAACUGCUUGAAA